ACGCAGACUCGAUGCACCUAUCCAUAGCCCAUCGAGCCAUCCAGUCUUCCGGGGUGACUCUUCUCCAUAAAAUAUAUAAAUAAACGUUACUCCCGUCAAUACCAGACACAAACCCAGUUAUAGGACACAAGAGGGCACCAACGCAAUGACGACCCUAAUCCCGCGAGCGCCGUACACGGACGACGAGCUCCGGAAACUCUACCCGGACGGGCUGGAGCUGCAGCUGGUGCAGGUCUUGAUGCGCCACGGCGAGCGGACUCCUGUCUCGGCUCGCUUUCAAAAUGCCGGUCUGCGGCCCUGGUGGCCCUACUGUGCCAGCGCUCGCCAGAUGCGUUCCGCCAUCUUGGCGGCUGCUAACACUACCUCCAACCACCCCUUCGAAACAUUGGACUGGAAACGCCGCAUCGAGACCUUUGGCGACAAUGACGAGCCUGUGGUCGCCCGAGGUAUUGACGGCCAGCUGGACGACAUAUGCGACAUGGGCAGCCUGACCGAUCUUGGCCGCCAAAGCACUUACAAGUUGGGUCUCCGCCUGCGCCAGCUUUACGUCGACCGCCUCGGCUUUCUCCCCGCCACCAUCGCCUCGGCCGACUUCCUCUACCUGCGCUCCACUCCGGUACCUCGCGCGCUGGAAUCUCUCCACCAGACCUUCUCGGCGCUGUACCCGCCCUCGUCUCGGGAGCCAGGUCCGGACGGCAAGUUCCCGGCGCCCACCAUCCUGACGCGCGUGCCUGGGGAUGAAACUUUGUAUCCUAACGACGGCAACUGCCGGCGGUUCGCGGCCCUGUCGAGGGCGUUUGCUCAGCGCGCCGCCGACCGGUGGAAUAACACGCCCGACAUGGAGUACUUGAAUCAGGUGUACGGCAAGUGGAUGCGGCCCGACACAAAGGUGGCCGUCGACUCGCGCCCGCGCCUGUCGGGCAUCAUGGACACGGUUAACGCCACGCUGGCGCACGGGCCCGAGACACGACUGCCGAGCGAGUUCUACGACGAGCGGGCGCGCGAGAUCAUGCAGCGCAUUAGCGUCGAGGAGUGGUUCGCCGGGUACAAGGAGUCGCGGGAGUACCGCAUGCUCGGCAUGGGCAGCCUGCUUGGAGACAUUGUCGGCCGGAUGGUUGGGAGCGUUGAGGCGCAGACGCGCAGCGACGGGGCGCAGACGCGCAGCGACGGGGCGCACACGCUCACGAAGCGGACGGGGCAGGAGAACCACAGCGCCAGAAUCCGGUUCGGCCUGAGCGGCUGCCACGAUACCACGCUGGCGGGUGUGUUGGCGAGCUUGGGGGCGUACGACACGGACCGGUGGCCGCCGUUCACGAGUCAUAUUGCGAUCGAGCUGUUCAGGAAGACCAAGGUUCCGCCGCCACCACAGGAUCCCGUGAAGGGCAGUUGGUGGGCGUCGCUCGUUGGCUCGGCGGCCGUCUCCGCCAACAUAGGGCGGAGGCCGACGGCGGAGUUGACGGCGGGCGAGAAGAAAAAGCUGGACGGGUACUACGUGCGGAUACGCUACAACGACGAGCCCGUCAAGGUGCCGGCCUGCAAGCUGCCAGGGAACCAUCUGGAUGGCGAUGAGUCGUUUUGCACGCUGGCCGCCUUCAAAGCCGUCGUCGACAAGUUUACGCCGACAAAUUGGAAGCAGCAGUGCCGAAUGAACCGAGACCAGCCCGCCCUGCCGACCGGGGAGCCAGAAUGGGCGGGCCACUGAGUGCGGAUGUUGUCUCGGCUUUGGCAGAGACGAUGGCAUUUUAUAUCCCAUCCUUAACUGGCAUUAUUAGCGUGGAGUUCAUACAAGGGAAUGGCGGCGGACUGAGGGGAGGGCAGGCGGGCAUUGGCUAUGGUAUCCUCUCGGGAGAGGUUGGAGAUAGCUCAGCGAACAGUGCGUUGGUUGGUAUUCUUGCGCGGCAUGGACGCCAAAAGAGGAGAAAGGCAGAGAGAGUGAUGGGCAGUCACGAGGUGUGACUCGGUAAUGAGACAAUGAACUUGCACAAACCUAAGGCCCCGUCAGACCUAGAUAUCGCCAGCCAGAUUGUCAGAUACAACCCCACCUAAGAAGACCACCGAUAGACCCUCUUG